UGCAAUGAUUUAAUUGUCUGAUUUCGUGGGAUCCAAAAAUUAUUUUGAACCUAAUGAAACAUUUAAGUAGAAUUGACCUUCGGUCAAAUAUGAUAUCAAAAUUAAGUAGUGAAACAUUCAAUGAUAAGAAGAGCCUAAGAUACUUGAACCUACGGUUUAACCAACUUGGUCAUAUAGAUUCUACAGUUUUACCGAUUUCUCUCCUUAAUAAGUUGCACCAUUUAGACAUCAGCAAGAACCCAUUUGUCUGUGACUGUAACCUGGAAUGGUUUAUUGCUUGGUUGCAAUCAACACAUAAACAUGGAACGAUUUUAAGAUACACUAUAGAUUAUAUAUGCAACCUUCCAAAAGAAAAAACGAGAAAGCGACUCUCUGACGUAUCAUUUACGUACAGAGAAUGUCAUCCCUGGAACACGUGGCUUUGGGUCGCUAUCAUUGCAUCACCUUGUGUUAUUGUAAUUUGCAUUAUCAUCAUAGUUGUAUAUAGGAAUCGAUCGAACAUUAAAUAUUAUAUCUAUUUAAUGCGAAAAAGACGAAACUACCAGUUAAUUGAGGGAAAUGAUUUUGUAUAUGACGCUUUUGUUGGUUAUGAAUCGGUGGAUUCAGCCUGGGUAAGCCGUCGACUGUUACCAGUACUAGAGGAAGAAAUUGGCCUGAAAUUAUGCAUUCAUGAGAGAGAUUUUCAGCUUGGUGUGUUUAUAAACGACAAUAUUGUUACAAAUAUGGACAAAAGUAGGAAAGUAAUACUUGUUCUUACCAAUGCCUUUGCACGAAGCGGAUGGUGUAUGUUUGAAUUGAAAAUUGCACAUUCUAAUCAGAUUGAAGAGGAAACAGAAUUAGUGGUCAUUUUGUUGGAGAAAAUUGAUGGACGAAAUAUGAAUCAUGCCUUGAAAUGUCUUUUUGAUUCAACAACGUACAUUGAAUGGACAGAGGGUUUGGUUGGUCAGGACUUGUUUUGGGAGCAAUUGAAGACUGUUCUUGUAAAAAAUGACAGUGUUUCUACUGCAUGA